AUGGCGGCUAUGCUGCCUCUACUGGAUUCAGGUUGCAGUCGGGAGGCGGGGCAGGAGGCGGGGCUUGGGCGGGUAUCACUCCACCCCUUUGACGAUUGCAGACCGGCUUUAGGACCUGGCGCAGCACGGAAUGAGGCUUCGAGGCGGGCUAGGGGAGGCCGUCGCUCAUAUCUGACGUCACCAGCUCGCGCCGGCGAUAGACGAGGACGCCAACAGCAGCGGAGAAACGUUUCUCUUUCCUCUCAGCUUGCGCACACCAUGGCGGCCCCUGCCCAGCAGACUACUCAGCCUGGCGGCGGGAAGCGCAAAGGCAAGGCUCAGUAUGUGCUGGCCAAGCGCGCUCGGCGCUGCGACGCUGGCGGGCCCCGUCAGCUAGAGCCCGGGCUACAGGGCAUCCUCAUCACCUGCAAUAUGAACGAGCGCAAGUGCGUGGAGGAGGCCUACAGCCUCCUCAACGAAUACGGCGACGACAUGUAUGGGCCAGAAAAGUUUACAGACAAGGAUCAGCAGCCCUCUGGAAGUGAGGGAGAGGAUGAUGAUGCGGAGGCUGCCUUGAAGAAAGAAGUUGGUGACAUUAAGGCAUCUACAGAGAUGAGGUUAAGAAGAUUCCAGUCAGUGGAAAGUGGAGCAAAUAACGUUGUCUUCAUCAGGACACUUGGGAUAGAGCCUGAGAAAUUGGUGCAUCAUAUUCUCCACGAUAUGUACAAAACCAAGAAAAAGAAGACUCGAGUUAUUUUGCGAAUGUUACCCAUCUCAGGCACAUGCAAGGCUUUUUUAGAAGAUAUGAAAAAAUAUGCAGAAACAUUUUUGGAACCCUGGUUUAAAGCUCCAAACAAAGGGACAUUUCAGAUUGUGUACAAAUCUCGAAAUAACAGUCAUGUGAAUAGAGAAGAAGUUAUCAGAGAAUUGGCAGGAAUAGUGUGCACCCUCAAUUCAGAAAAUAAAGUGGAUCUCACCAAUCCACAGUACACAGUGGUAGUAGAAAUCAUCAAAGCUGUCUGUUGCCUGAGUGUUGUGAAAGAUUACAUGUUGUUUAGAAAAUAUAAUCUCCAGGAGGUGGUGAAGAGCCCUAAGGAUCCGUCACAGCUUAACUCAAAGCAGGGAAAUGGGAAAGAAGCUAAACUGGAAUCUGCAGACAAAUCAGACCAAAACAACACAGCAGAAGGAAAAAAUAACCAGCAGGUACCAGCGAAUACUGAGGAGCUGGGGCAGACAAAACCAACGUUUAAUCCACAGGUGGUAAAUGAGGGAGGAGCCAAACCUGAACUUGCAAGUCAAGCCACAGAAGGAUCCAAGUCAAAUGAAAAUGACUUCUCAUAGGAAGUCAUUUGGUGUUGGAGGUGGGUUUCUCACCUGGGGCUCUACGAGAUGUUGCUGGGGCUCCACCUUAAAUUGUGACUAAAAACAGUUUUUUAUUUGUGUGCUGCAUUAUGCUGUUCUCACAGUAGUGAGCAAUGAUUGCGCAGCCCUGUUAACAGUUUUGUUAGGGAUCUUUCAGCCUUUAUGGUAUUAUGUAGAGGCAGACCCAUGUGCUGCUGUUGCAAAGAGGGGAGGAUAGGAGGGGGAUGUUGGCCUCUCCCAGGCUCCUCUUCUGCAGUGCCAGCUGACUUAAGGGAGUGAACUACCUGUGAAGUAGAAAAUCAGAGGGAAGUUUUCAUUCUAAGGAAGGAGUUUUUACAUGCCACAGCUCAGCUGUCUGCCUGCCACUUUGUUGUAAACAGUGCAAAAAUGUGGAUCAUGUAGGUUAGAAGUGAAUUGUUUAGUGAAGUUUUUGUACUUUUGUGAUUUUCUUGUUUAUGUCUGUUUUAUUUUUUUUUUUUUUUUAACAUUUGUGUGUAAUAAAGCUGACAGUCCAGUGUCGCAAUUUUGGAAGGCAAAAUGUGAGAGAGACGAGAACCAUUUUAGGCAUAGAACUACAGAUAUUUCUGAAAAGGUUGGUGAUGAGGAACUUCAGUCUUCUGAGUAUACUUCAGUAUACUAGUGCAACAAGGGACACAAAGAAAUUGUGUCUUUAUAAAGAAAGCUACUUCUCAAGGGUAUUAUGUGGACUCAGUCCAAGCUCUCCUGUCCCAUUGUGCAUUGUCUGUGGCAUGCAACUUACAAAACUAGCAAUUGUAACAAUAAAUCACAGCCACUUGACAAGAAAGGAUAUUCAUUAUUUUCAAAUGGCUUUUGGACUAUCAAAAACGGUAAGGCUUUUGUUCAGAAAUCACCUUUAGUCAAAAGGUUUAAGAAGCAAAUUAUUUAGUAGCAGAACUUAUCUCAGGAAAGGAAAAUAUGCAUGGUUGGUGAGAAUCUAAUAACAUUAAAAUGCUGGGGCAAGAUGCAGUACAAAGUUGAAAAGACUUUAUUCUCAAUAAGUUGAUUUACUGAUGAUAUCUCAUAUGAUGCAAAAAAGGUUUUGUGUCAUUAACUGAAAAGUAGCAGCUUCUCUAUCCAGGAUGAUGAGUCAACAGGUUUCACUAAUAUUUGUCAUGCUGUAGCAUGUGUAAGAUUUGUAAAUGAUGGAAUUCUAAGAAAACUUUUUCUAUUGCUAGGAGCCUGCCAGAACAAAGGCCAAUAUAUAAUGUUGUGACAUCGUAUCUGAUAACCAGAGGUCUGGUAUCUACACUCCUGGUGCCCCAUCAGUGGUUGUCUCCAUAAGUCAUUUUGUGUUAUUAAAAAAAAAAAAAAAGAAAUCCUGAUGUUGACAUUAUAGCACACUGCUUUCUCCACAGAGAUGCUGAUAUCAAAAACUUGAAGAUACAGUGAAGUUCUGAAUAAUGUUACAAAACUGGUUACCUGUAUCAAAGACCCAUUUAUGCAAAAAUGUUAAAAAAAAAAAAAAAACACCCAAAACAAAAACCUGGACAGACAGCACAUAAACCUCCUGCACCAUACAGACAUCCAGUGGCUUCUCUGAGGAAGCGUUCUCUACAGGAUAUUUGAAUUGAAAGGUGAAUUGCCAGAGUACUUACAAUAAAACAGCCAGCUUUUGCUGAGUGCUUUGGAAAUGAAAAAUGACUACAGAAAGUAGCCUAUUUUGCAGACGUUUUUCAUCACAUGAACAAAUGGACAAGUCUCUGAAAGGUUCUGGGGAAAAAAAUUUUUCUUAAAGCGACAAGACUCUUAGAUCUAAAAGGAAACUGACUUGCCACCUUGCCAGAGGAAUUCUUGAAAUGUUUCUGCAGCCACUUGGCCUUGAAAAUAAAGGGUGCAACUCUCAAAUCUUGUUCUAACCCGGCUGGAGGAACCACAAGACCCAAUGAAAUAGCAUUUUCUCUCCUUUUCCCAGCACUAGUAUGUAACCUAUGAGGAACCCUUGUCUCUGAAUCUGCUCAGCUUGAAAUUUUGUCUCUGAAGGAAGAGAAUGAACUCAGCCCUAGUCUGACAGUCCUAGAUUUCUGUGAAAUAAGAGUAUUCUUCAACUUAGUGCUCACACUCACAUACCAUGAGGGUUCUCUGCAGGGGUUUAGGGGUUUCCUGAAUUUGAAAGUUUUUUCAAGGCCUAUUUUUGGGUAAAACAAUUGAAAAGGCAGACACCAACAAAGUCUGCAAAGUUAACUGUCCAGAUUAAGAAUAUUAAGGAGCUGUAAAAUUAGCUUGUAGAAAUGGACUUAUCCUUAAGUUUUAAAAAGUUAGGAAAUCCUAAAAAUGUUAGGCUUCCUGCACAAGUGGCUAUGUUCAUUUAAUGGCUAAUGAACAUGGGAAUGUAUUUUUAUCCUCCUAGCUGGUGGUUCUGUUUGGUAAACCAGACUAGAAUGAUUUGAGAGGGGCAAAGAGAAUAGGCAGGACCUUCCUUCUAUAGCUUUACAUAUUUAGAAUGUUAAUACUUAAUGACAUUGAAGUUACCUUGCAAUGAUUGAUAAGAGGAUUAUUAAUAUCAGUUAGGGGAGUAGGGAGGAUAGGAUUUUGGUGCCUUCUUCAGCAGACUUGCUCCAAGACAAAGAUUCUAUUUUGAUAGUGCAAGACAAAAGGACUCGGAAGAAAAUUGGCCAUAUGCCUACAGAGCAUACAACUCUGUGGAACUAAAUUGUUUUUACUUUGUGAAAGCUGCUAUUUUACGGAAAGAUUUUGAUUAUACAGUUUGUUUUUAAAUUGUCUUUUAUAUUUAUUUGUAUUUGGUAAGAAUCGGUUGUUAUACAAGCUGUUCUUUCCCAGUUACAAAAUCCUGUGUUCGGUUGUAACCUGAACUCAUUAAAAGACUUGUUUUCAGGUUUAUCAACUGUUUAUUUUCACUGACAUUUGAGCAUGUUAUUUUAUAAAUGACGAGAUUCCAGGGUAGGAAGUGCUUUUUAUUCCCCUUUUGUUUUUUCUUUUAAAAAAUUACGUCAGUUAAAAAAAUAAAAAAACUGCAGUCUUAUGGUUUAGAAAACUUGUUUAGCUCCAUAGAGGAAAGAAUGUUAAACUUUGUAUUUUAAAACAUGAUUCUCUGAGGUUAAACUUGGUUUUCAAAUGUUAUUUUUACUUGUAUUUUGCUUUUGGUACGGCCAGAAAUCGAGCUUGUUUUUUCAUAGUUCCUGAUAUUUUCAGAAAAAUCAAAAUAAAUUUGUUCCCUAAAAA